ACAACGGUUUAUCCGAUGCAUGAGACGACGGCUCGCGCUCUUGGGCAGCGACGCGGUCACGCAGAUUAACGGAUCAGGAUUUUGACUGCCGGGACAAAUGAAUACAAAUGAAUUUAGCGACCCGAAGGAGAGUCCGCAGAACCUCUCGUCUGGUGGCAAAGAGAGCUCUUCUUCUGUGUAUUUUACUUUACUGUACUUCUUUUGGAUACACCCAAGUACUCUUUGAAGAUGUGGAUGUGUUGCACCGGUUGGCUCUGCGUGCUGAGCUCGGUUCUCGCAGCGUUCCUGUUGGUGUCAUCUCCCUCCACUCUGGAGUCAUCCUCACGACACGGGCACGAGUUACCACGGCGACACGUUCCGUGUUCCCACCAGAACUCUUUUGGAACUGCACUCUUGUCCUGAGCAUCCGAUCUCACCGCUUAAACUCAGCAUUUCUCUUCUCUGUCCUAUCUGGGAAUCGGAUUCAGCUUGGGCUGGAAAUUUCUCCCAGCAAGCUAACGCUUCAUGCCGGCCCUGGGAAUGCUGCAGUCUUCGCGUACAACCUUCACGAUGGACGCUGGCAUCAUCUAGCCUUCGUUUUAAAUGGCCAGUCAGUGACCCUACACUCUCCCUGCUCGGGGAAUGAUGGCGGAGUUACACAGAAACUCCCCGUACUUCCUGAACAUCUAAACCCUCGUGGAACCUUCCGCUUGGGCGGCACCAGCGCUUUGCUACCGGGUGUGGUACCCUUCGAAGGAGCGGUUUGCCAGUUUGACGUGGUACCCUCGGCACAAGCGCAGCAGAACUAUUGCAGCGCCAUCCGCAGGCAGUGCAGAGAAAAUGACACCUACAGGCCAGCGCCUCCCGCUCUACUUCCUCUCCCGUCCAGACACGCCCCACCACUAUUGACCCACACGUUACCACCUAAUCGCACUUUCACUUUCACUCCCACUAAUUUCCUUUGGACAUCCAUAAAUGGCGCAAGAGGGUCUUCUGCUGUGAGAAUGAGCGAUGGUUUACGACCAAAACACACGUCUACUACACCUCCACCCCUUUCUUUGAUGCAAAGAGGACUUGAAACUCCUUUGUCAUGGGGACAUUUCAAUUCUGUCACCACCAAACCUACUCUCAGGACACCCAACAACCCCAAGCCUACUGCUUCAAAACAUGGAGCAGUCUGGCUUACACCUACAAAACCAGCCAGAUCCAAAUCCACUCCAGGAAAAACAUCUCCAAAGCUUAGUGCAACAAAGCCUUCUGGACCAAAGCCCACAAUUGCUCGACCUACUUCUUCCAAAUCUGAUAGUUCAAAAACAACUGGACCCAAACCUACGCCACCGAAACCUUCCAAACCGGCAGCUGUAAAACCCACGGCAAAGAAACCAACUCUUAUGCCAAAGCCCACCAAUAUCAACCUAACAAAGAAUACUACUACUGGUGCUCAACCUAUGAAUCCUAACACGAAGCACAACGCCAUUCUAAAACCGUUGUCCGAUCCAGAACCGACCGCCCCAAAAAGGCUCUCACCAACCAACAAAAAGCCACUCCAGCCCAAAACCAGCACCCAACGCUCACCCCAAACCACACUCCCAACCCCAAAAUCCACCGCCGCCCCAAACCCUAUACCCAAAAAAAGCCUUCCGACACCCAAAUCUGCUCCGUUCACUACCGCUGCACCAAACAAACCACCAAAAACUCUGGAAACCCCCAAAGUCAAUACUGACAAGCUGAAAACACCUGUGCAUUACGUCACACAGAGCACUCCAAGGUUUUCCGUCCAAUCUGUGACUCUUCCGGCUUUCAACGAUUUCCAAAGCUUCGAGGUGGAGCCCACAUACUUUUCGCUUCUGGUUGGACCGCCAGGACAAAAAGGAGAUCCCGGGAAAAUGGGAAUCCCGGGACCUCCAGGGAAACCAGGGCAGCCAGGGACAAGGGGACCUCGGGGACCCCCAGGACCACAUGGCAAGCCAGGUCGACCCGGUCCACCAGGGUUGAAGGGGAAGAAAGGAGACCCUGGACUGUCUCCUGGAAAGGCACCAAAAGGAGAAAAAGGAGACGUUGGUCUGUCUGGUCCUGUUGGUUUAGUCGGGCCGGAAGGCCGUAAGGGACAAAAAGGCCAUCCAGGACCACCAGGCCUUCCCGGGGAACCAGGCGAACCAGGUCCUGAUGGAGAAGCUGGAGCCAAAGGCUAUCCUGGCAGGCAGGGCUUACCUGGUCCAAUAGGGCCUGUUGGGCCAAAAGGGGCUCGGGGUUUUAUUGGAAUCCCUGGACUCUUUGGUUUACCUGGAGCUGAUGGUGAAAGAGGUAGUCCUGGUCCACCGGGGAAGAGGGGCAAGAUGGGUAGGCCGGGUUUUCCUGGUGAUUUUGGAGAGAGAGGUCCACCAGGACUGGACGGGGAGCCUGGUGUUAUAGGAGCUCCUGGUCCUCCUGGUGUACCUGGAUUGAUUGGUGAUAUGGGCCCUGUCGGCAUAAUCGGUUUGCCAGGACCAGAUGGACUGAAAGGCGUCCCAGGGAACAUGGGCGAGCCCGGACUGAAAGGUGAUAAGGGUGAUGUCGGGUUUCCCGGAGAGCAAGGGGAUAUUGGGUUCCCAGGAGACAAGGGUGUGCAGGGUUUGCCAGGCUUACCAGGACCUCGUGGAAAACCAGGACCCCAGGGCAAGACAGGAGAAAGAGGGCCCAGUGGAUUAGCAGGCCCUCCAGGACCCGAGGGUUUCCCUGGCGACAUCGGAAAACCUGGACUCAAUGGACCCGAGGGCCCAAAGGGUAAGCUUGGAGACAGAGGUCUACCUGGACCUCGUGGAGUGGCUGGACGAGAGGGUGAUGAGGGUCCUGUAGGACCACCGGGGCCAAUAGGACUCGAGGGUCUGAUGGGCAGUCAGGGUUUCCCAGGGGCUGCUGGACCUGAAGGGGACAAAGGCGAGCAGGGUGUCACAGGAAAGGCUGGACCCAUGGGUGAGAGGGGUCUCGUUGGCUUCAUCGGUCCUGCAGGGGAGACUGGACUCGCUGGAGAGAAGGGUGAUCGUGGAGAGGUGGGAUUGCCCGGACCUCCAGGAGAGAAAGGAUCUACGGGGCACCCAGGAACCCCUGGAGAGAGCGGCCCACCAGGACCCCCAGGCAGUCCAGGCCAACCGGGAUCACAUGGACCCAUCGGCAUUAGAGGACCUAAAGGAAGACGGGGUCCUAGAGGUCCGGACGGUAUGCCAGGCGAACUCGGCUCCGAGGGCAAAAAGGGUCUUGAUGGUCCUCCAGGAAAAAUCGGUUUCUCGGGACAAGCGGGCAAGAUCGGGGAGCCUGGGGAGGCGGGGCCAAAGGGAUUCCCGGGCAUUCAAGGGCCAUCCGGGGCUACAGGAGACAAAGGAAUCGCAGGGGAGCCAGGACUUCCAGGGCCGCCAGGAACACUUGGGCCUACCGGAAAUCCAGGGCCGAAGGGCCCUGCGGGAAAAGUUGGCGACCUUGGACUUCCAGGAGAACCUGGAGAAAAGGGGUCACUUGGGCCUGCGGGGAAUGCUGGGGCAACAGGACUGCUCGGAACAAGGGGAGAUCCAGGUUUAGAGGGAGAGGCUGGUCCGGCUGGCCCUGAUGGUGCCAAGGGUGAAAAAGGCGACAUGGGUGGAGAGGGCGAGCAAGGUGUCAGAGGUGACCCGGGAAUCAAGGGGAAAGAAGGGCCCCCGGGCGACCCUGGGCUUACUGGCGACAGAGGUCCUGAAGGAAAACCUGGCAAAAAUGGCGAGAGAGGGAAGGCAGGGUUUAAGGGUGCCAAAGGUAACAUCGGCCACCUGGGAGAGACAGGAAUCAUGGGAAAGAUCGGACCAGUCGGAACCACCGGACCAAAGGGCUCUCGAGGAACCAUCGGACAUGUGGGCGCUCCCGGGCGUAUGGGGAUGCAGGGGGAUCCGGGCAUAUCAGGAUAUGAAGGUCACAAGGGACCUCAAGGUCCAAUAGGACCCCCGGGACCAAAGGGUGCAAAGGGUGAACAGGGGGAUGAUGGGAAGGUGGAGGGUCCUACUGGUCCUCCAGGACUCCAAGGUCCAGUUGGAAAGCGAGGAGACAGGGGUGAACACGGAGAUCCGGGAUACACGGGUCAGCAAGGUGUUGAUGGUUUUCGAGGCAAACCUGGUGCUCCUGGUCUACCUGGUGAUCCUGGUCCUCGUGGGAUACAAGGCCCUAAAGGAUCCAAAGGAGAACGGGGUCAGAAGGGUAAACAGGGUCAGCAGGGAGAGCGCGGCAGCCGAGGCUCAACGGGUGAUGUUGGGUUACCCGGCCCGAGAGGCAUCGUGGGUCGAGAAGGACAGGAGGGCGUUCCUGGCAUGGAUGGGAUCCCAGGGAAAGAUGGAAGCAGAGGAAUACCAGGUGAUCAGGGAGAUGAUGGAGAGUUUGGUUUGCCUGGUAAACCUGGUGCACCUGGAAAAGUUGGCGUUAUCGGUUUACCAGGCCCACAGGGAUCAUUUGGUCCAAAGGGUGAGAGGGGCCUUCCUGGUCACACUGGCCCUUCAGGAAAGAGAGGUUUUAAGGGAGGAAUGAGUCUUCCUGGAUCUCAGGGAGACCGGGGUCCUAAAGGUCAACCUGGUGACAUCGGUGAACCCGGCUUUCCAGGGAUGCUGGGAUUGUUUGGACCGAAGGGGCCUCCAGGAGACUUUGGACUGAAGGGCAUUCAGGGGCCAAAAGGGCCGCAGGGCAGCAUGGGUAGAGGGGGUUUAGCUGGACCUGUCGGUGUGUUUGGCCCUAUCGGUAGUCCAGGCCCGAGAGGAGACACUGGCAGCAAAGGAGAGAUGGGUGUUCAGGGACCUCGAGGUUCUCCUGGACCCCGUGGACCUCCGGGUCCGCCGGGAAUCCCACUGGCUUCGAAACAGGAUUUUGGUCUUGGAUCGGCCCAGCCUGUUUUUAUGGAGACACACACACAGAAAAUAGAGGCUCGGGGGCUGAUGGACAUGCCCAUGUUGGAUCAGGCUCCAGAGAUCCUGCGGACUCUCCAUUACCUGAGCUCUUUGGUCCACAGCCUGAAGAACCCACUGGGCACACGAGAUCAUCCCGCUCGAUUCUGUAAAGACCUGCACGGCUGCCGGGAGACACUCUACGAUGGCACUUAUUGGAUCGACCCGAACCUGGGCUGCUCCUCAGACUCUAUAGAAGUGACGUGCAAUUUCACCGGCGGCGGACGCACCUGCCUCAGGCCCAUCACCACAGCCAAGCUGGAGUUCAGUGUCAGACGCGUUCAGAUGAACUUCCUGCAGCUGCUGAGCGCCGGAGCGGAGCAACGAAUCACUAUCCACUGCUUGAACGUGACAAUCUGGAGCCACGCCCCCUCUGAGCCUCCAUCCCAGAAUGCAGUUCUGUUCCAGGCGUGGACCGGAGAGACGCUGGAGCCGGAUGUUUUAGGAGACAACUGCUGGCAACUAAACGGGCGCUGGCAACAUGCUGACUUCCUGUUCCGGGUGUCUGACCCCGCCUUACUUCCUGUCGUACGUAUAAACAACCUACCAAAGACAACGGCCUCAUCGCGCUUUCACGUCGAAGUCGGACCUGUGUGCUUCCUUUAGUGUGUGUGUGUGUGAGAUUGUGAGUGUGUGUGCACUCGUCAACCACCAACCCCCCC